UUUCCUUUUCUCUUUCUUUUAAAACUUUUAACAUAAAGGAGAUUAAAACUUUUACUGUUAGACAAAUGUAUUACUCUUUUUCUUAAUGAUCGGACUGUCUUGAUUGUAUUACAUUGCCUCUCUUUGUCUUCCUGUGACCCAGUUAAGGUCUCCUUUUCCACUCAGGCCUGACAGGUCACUCUCUUCCUCCUUUGCCUGCAGUGUUCGUCAUGUUGACAUGGGCUUUUCGCUAUGGCCGUGAUGACUUGGAUGUCAUUGGUCUGACAUUCCACAGAGAUCUGUAUGUACAGACUCAGCAAGUGGCUCCAGCUGAGCUCAACAGCCCCCAGGUUCCCCUCACAGUCUUACAGGAGCAACUGCUACACAAGCUGGGAGACAAUGCCUACCCCUUUACCCUGCAGAUGGUUACCAACCCUCCCUGUUCAGUGACACUGCAGCCAGGUCCCAAAGACUUGGGAAAGGCUUGUGGGGUUGACUUUGAAGUGAAGAGUUUCUGUGCUGAAAACUCCCCUGAGGAGAAAACCUCUAAGAAAGACUCUGUGCAGCUGGUUGUCCGGAAAGUGCAGCUUGCACCCUUGGAGUCAGGCCCUGGCCCCUAUGCCCAGACCAUCCACCGCUUCCUUCUGUCAGCUCAGCCCCUACAACUCCAGGCCUGGAUGGACAGGGAGGUUCACUACCAUGGAGAACCCAGCUCUGUCAGUGUUUCUAUCAACAACUGCACCCACAAAGUCAUCAAAAAAAUCAAGAUUUCAAUUGACCAGAUCACAGAUAGUUCUCUAGACAAGUACACCAAGACUGUGUUCAUUCAGGAAUUCACGGAGACUGUAGCUACUAACUCCAGUUUCUCCCAGAGCUUUGCAGUCACCCCACUCCUGGCCAACUGCCAGAAACAAGGCCUGGCACUGGAUGGCAAAUUCAAGCAUGAAGAUACCAAUCUGACCUCUAGCACAAUUCUUCGACCUGGAAUGAACAAGGAGCUGCUGGGGAUCCCGGUGUCCUACAAAGUCAGAGUCAACCUGAUGGUGUCUGGAGGCAUCCUAGGAGAUCUGAUAGCCAGUGAUGUUGGUGUUGAGCUGUCCCUGAUCCUGAUCCACCCAAGGCCAUCUCAUGAGGCUGCUAGCUCUGAGGACAUAGUCAUAGAGGAGUUUACUAGGCAGGAACAAGGCGGAGCCGAGACCCAGAAGGCUUUGGCUGCGGAGGGAGAUGAGGAGAGCUGAGCACCUAGAUCUGACGCUCCUCUGUGUGGGAGCCCCACUGUAAUGCUCUAAUAAAUCCUUUGGUCCAGACGUGCCUAUCACUGUCCUUGCUAUUUCCUCCUCGUGAAGAGUACUGAGAAUGAUCCUUCCCUUCCAACUCCCCUCUCCUUACUCCCGUGAUUGUACUAUCCUUAGCACAUACUUUUCCCCUCUGUGGCCUCAGACUUCUCUCUGGCAUUGUAGCCCGCCUUCCCUCCAUGGAUCCUUCAGUCUUCUCUCUGGCUGUGGCCAUCCUCAUCCCCACCCCAUCAUCCUACUCUUCGGAUCACCCUACUGCUGUAGGUUGUGGCGCUGCAAGAGCCUGGGAGUAAGCUGAGAGGACAGGGCCGCGCCUAGACCUGGGUCCAUCCUCACUGCCAUUGGGGAGACAGCAGGUGGCAAAGGGCCAAAUGGGGGAAGCCAGUUUUGCUCCCCACCCCCACCUGCUGCAAUGUAUGCUUUUGGACCCUGUGAGACCGGAAGCAGAGACUGGAGGUUUUGGCCUGGAGACCAACAUGAAAUACAAAUACCAGGCUCUGUGCCAAUCCAAAUCAAUAUUCUGGGAGAGCAGAGCAGCCAGUGCUGGUCUGGGUUGGGCUUUGGAGAUGGGAAGGUUGAAUGGUAUGAAGUGGGAUGGGAGCUUCUCCUGGAAAUGGAGUUCCUCCUCUUUGGGAGUUUGGAGUAUGUGUGUGUUGGAGGUAGGGGUUCAUGGAGACUGAUGGGGAGAAAGGGCAAUGGUUGGGCUAUUUAACUCCCUCUCCUACAAUGCCGAAGACAUCCAUCCUCAUCUGCUUCAUGAAGGAAAGAUUGGACUGUUUCUUUGGCCAACUCACUUGGAGUGCUUUUCCUGUUAUCCGUUGGAAGGGCUGGUAAGUUGAGCCAGGACAACCUCCUUAAGGGGCAUUCUCUACUUGUGGUUCUAAGACUGCUUGGUAUUGGGAAUAGAGGAGGGGGGGGUCAUGGAAAGUAUGAUUCUCUGUUGCAGGCAACUACUGGAAUUAACUUCCAGUCUAAGACCAUGCACUUAGUGGACCCAAAAGUGUUAAAAGUUCAUACCAUUAACUCUAUUCCUUAACCCCUUCAGCUCAUUAACAGGUUAGCAUUUCCCCAAAUUAGCCUCCCUCAAAUUACCAAACCCUGUGAUGAUUCUUAUUCUCUCUGCCCUUAUUUAUCUCCAACUGUAACAUAAAGUUUAAGAUGCUGUGAACCCUUAAAUCUGCUGUUCUACAGGGUGUUUCCUUAAUCACAAUAGUAUCUUGGGAUUGGCUAGACCUGUCCUAGAACUUGGUUUGAGGCAACAGCAGCCACUUUUCAGAUAUCCAGUCUCCUCUUAGGUUCUAGUUUUUUUGUUUUGUGGUACUAGAUUGAACCUAGGGCUUUUGCACUUGGCUACAUCCCCAGAUCUUCCUUUUUUAAAGACAGUCUCAUUAAGUAGCCCAGGCUAAGCUUGAACUUGUGAUCCUCCUGUCAACCUCCCAUAGGGCUGGGAUUCCAGCUAUGCAGCAUCCUAGUGCUGGGAUUAAAGAGUUAGGUACUAGCUCUUAAAAAGCUAGUUUCUUUUCCAUUUUUGCCAUCUUCCUCCUAAAUAUUUGUUUUAUACAGGUUCAGCUGCAGU